AUGUCGGCACAGGAAUACUACAACGGUGCUGGUGAUAGCAAGCAACAGUACUCACGUCCUACAGCUCCUCCUCCAUCGCAAGGGCAAGGUAAAGAUAGCUCAAGAGGUUAUUACCAAGCUCCUCCUCAAGCUCCACAAUAUCAACAACAACCACCACAAGGGCAAUAUUAUCAAGGAGGUCCUCCACCUCAGCAACAAUACUACCAGCAACAGGGUUACCCACAACAAGGUCAACACGGUCAGCAACCGAUUUAUGUCCAGCAGCAACCUCCUCAAAGAGGUAAUGACGAUUGUAUGACAGCGUGUCUAGCUGCACUAUGUAUCUGUUGUACUUUAGAUUUGUUAUUCUAA